AGUUCUGUUCGCAGCCAGCAAUUGCUCGCUCAGCUCGCAGAACUUCGACGCGACUCCCAUUUAUGCGAUGUGACUCUGGUCGCCGAGGGUACACGAAUAAAUGCCCAUCGAGUCGUGCUCGCUGCGUCUUCAAAUUAUUUCAAGGCCAUGUUCACAAACGAUAUGGCUGAAAGUCGCAUGGAUGAGAUAGAAAUGGUGAACAUAAAAGCGCCAACGCUUGAAACUCUCGUCAAUUAUUGCUACACUGGUAGAAUAGAGAUCAGCGGCACUAAUGUGUUAAGUAUUCUACCCGCUGCUGGCUUGCUUCAGCUGAACGAGGUCCAGGAAAUUGUUGGCACUGAAGCAUUUCAACAGCUUUCCUUCGAGCAAUUACUUGAAUUGAUUUCACGUGACGAGCUCGGUGUUCAAGCGGAAGACCAGGUGUUCGAUGCAGUGAUUCAAUGGAUCAUGUUCGACUUACCGGCUCGGGAACGAUUCCUCCCAGAGAACUUACCAACAUCUACAAAUUCGACCACGGCAACGACCAAUAGGGCGAGGACCGCGCACCCGACCGCGGAAACUGGUGAACUGGGUUCUCGAUGGUGA